GAAAAUCACAAAUUAUAGAAAUGACCACAACAAGAUGUGAUUACUCAUUGUUAUUUGCCUCCAUCGAUUCGUAUCCGUACAAAAAAAAAUGAUCCCUCUUUCUGAAAAAAUGAAUGCAAGUGCAAUUGACAGGGGUUAGGUGUAAUUUUGAGAGCCAAGAUUCGAAACUGUAUAGGAUUUGAGGCAGAUAUUAUAUAUACACUAUACGGUAUUCCACCAGUUGAAUGAUGAAAUUUGAAUGAAGUUUGAUACACAUGGACAUGGUCAUUGAGCAUAAAUGAACCAAGAACACUUGUUUUGUUCCUUCUGAUGAGUGACUGAGAUAUUUGAUUUAUGUCCCUACUCCCUAAUGAAGUCCAACUGCCUUUUCUUCUUCCAGGAUUUAGGUACAAAUGUCUGAACAUUUUAUGGGCUUAAGCAAGAUUAAGACAGAAAGUUGUGUUCAUGGUCAUGAAUCUGCCUGGUUGAGUCGUUGGACUCCUAGUAACAGAGAUGCCAAGGAGAUUAACUUACCAGAAGAUGGUCAACUAUUGAAAGAGUCGACUCUUCCAGAGUCCUGGUUGAGUCUAUUUCCUAAUCUUGAUUCAGCUGUUCAAAGUGUCGAUUUAAUACCUGACAUGAACAAAGAACCGCCUAUUGUUGCUGAAAGAGAAAAUUCGAUAGAUGGGGACAAAGAAGAAGCAAGCAGUCAAGCUACGCAAAGUAAGAACGUGGAACACUUUCUCAACACCAACUUGCUCAGAGAGUGCAAGCGUAUAUGGUCGGACUCUGAAACCAACAGUAGAUCACAUGUCAAACGUCUGAAGACAAACACAUCAGAUAUCAGCGGAAAUGAAACCAAGAGCAUGAUGGUUUUCGAAGAAGGACCAUCAUCGGGGAAGAAGGUGAACUACUUCUUCCACAGAAUAUUCGGAAUCAACAAACCCGGAUCCAGAAGAUAUCAAAAAUCCUCCACAUCACAAAUCAAGAAUCUGAAUAUGGGAGGAGGAGAAGACGUUAGCCCAUGGAUUCAGAGAUGGUGUAAGCAAAAAGCUGCAUAAACUCAUGAACCAAGAGGAGGGCAACAAGUUAACCCAAAGGGCACUGUGCUAGAGAAGCAGUUUCCAAGUAUUGCAGCAAUGGCAAUGAUGAGGAAGGCUCUGAGCGGUACAAACCCGACCGGCUGUAGAAAGACCAACUCCCUCUUCGUUUGGAAUGCUGAGGAUUUAAGGUGAACAAAUUCUGUCAUGCCAAUCUUGC